GGCAACGGCCAGGGCGGCCUUUCUUCGCCUGGGUCGCCGGGUACUCAAGUGCAGCGCCGGCGCCACCGCUGAAGCCCAUCAACUCGUCGCAGGUAAUCGCCUCCAAGGGGGCACACUCAGCCAGGUAGUCCAGCAACGCGUCGCACUUGGUAACGCUCUGAAUCUGUUUGGCUAUCUCGCGCGUGGCUUUGGCUGUUAUGAAAUGGCUACGGUGCUGGUCUUGGUGAGAGCGUUCUGAAGCAGGCGAGUAAGAUUCUGCUAAGCUGUAGCCGGUAAUCAGUGACUUGAUAGGCGUGCGGUUAUGGAUCAGCGAGAAGAGAGAGAAGCCGACCGGUAAAAUGAAACAAAGCCACACGGCAUGCAAAUACCAAGCACAGACAAGACGCCGGCACUAGACUAGUACAAAGAUACCACGCAGGUUCUUGCCAUUGGCCUUCUUCUGAUGGAGUUGAUCAAGGGUCGGGACGAUUCGCAAUCUGAGACGCCAAGGACUGCACACCGAUGCCAUCAGUGAGACGCUCAAUCUCCAAGAUUCUCCGCAGGCCUUCGGCGUUCUUCAGCUGUGCAGCGCCAGCGCUGAUCAAUGGAUCUGCGCAAACCUGCUGAGUACAUCUCGACUCCAAUCGGAAAGAGAAAGCUCAGACAGACACUAGAUGGCUACGCACCGGCAUGCCUCUACUUUAGUAGUGAGCCCAUAGGAGAGACCCAGUG